AUGGACGAAAAUAUAAGUAAAUUUGUUGGUGAUACCCCACAAAACAAUGCCUAUGCUAUAAACAAUCUAGGCCUACUAGGAUAUAAUCUGAAUGUCAAGGCAGUUAUGCCUGCAGAUUGUAAUAGAAGUAAUCUUGUAUAUGUGGUGCAAUGUAUAGCAUGUGAAAUGUUCUACAUAUGGAAGACAAACCGUACCCUUAAGGAACGUAUAUUGGAACAGAUUAAUGAUAUACGGAAUGGAAAACCCAAUAAUGCACUAGCUAAGCAUGUGUUAGAUUUUGAUGGCACUCACAAAUCAAAUCAAAUCAAAAAGAAAACCAAGAAAUUACCAAUUAUCGAUCUUCAGAGCCCACCUGCUCCACAAAAACUUUCCAGUGCAAAAGGCAUGGAUGAUCUGAAGACUUUGGGAGAUUCAUCUGCAGAUCCAAUUAUAGUAAUGAGCAAUAUGUUUGAUCUACUGGUCUUCAAUUCCAGUCUGCUGGGUUAUAUUGUCAAGACUGACAGCUAUUUGAAUGAUAUUAAAGAGGCAAUAACAGACAUUCUGAUCACCCGGAUGAAUUGGACAAAAAAAGUGAAUGAACUUAAUCAUAAGGUAUUUCAAAUGCUGUAGCUAUUUUCCAGAGGUCAAAUUCAACUCUCCAGACAUAGCAACUCUAUCAUCUUACAAUCAAAUGCAACUAAGAAAGGAAGACAAGUUGUAUUUCAACAGCAAUGGAGAUAAGUCAGUCUGCAGACUGAGAAUCUACCAAUCUCAAGCCUGAUUACAAAUGUAACUUUGAUCAAGAAACAUACAAAAUUAAA